CACACAGUCUUAGGCCUUGUAGUAGACGACGAUUAGCCCUUCUUCCACAUCAAUCAAUCAAAGUUUUGGACGUGAAAAAGAGACUGCAUCUUUAUAUAUAGCUACAUAAGGUAGUUACAUUUCAGGGUCAAGAUGCCUCGCUAUGAUGAUCGAUAUGGUAGCACUACUCGUCUCUACGUGGGUCAUCUUUCUUCUCGCACCCGUACUCGUGAUUUGGAAUACACUUUUGGGAAAUAUGGGAGGAAUCCGGGGCAUUUGCUUGGCCUGAAGGUCUAUGUUGAGAGGGUGCCCUUGGUGGUCUUGAUGGAAAACCACACACCGAGUUUUAGGAGAGAUUGUUGAUUCUUUGUGUAGUCUUUGCCUGUUUUUAUGCAAUUGGCAACAAAUCAAACUGGUGUUUAGUUCCGUAGUUCGUCUUGAUGGGCAAAUGCCACCCAGUCUUCUGUGCUUAAGUAUUGAUGAUGGCCUUAUUGUUUCUGGAAACCAUUUCCGCAGAGUACGCCAAGUGGACAUGAAGCGUGACUAUGCCUUUAUUGUAUGUAUCUUUUCUCUUUGUUUAUUCUUGCAUGUUACCUUUUCGUAAUUUUUCCUACCCUGAGGAUCUAUUCUUGUUUUUGGUGGUCUACCGUUUUGUUCAUGACAAGUUAGACUAUUAUAUGUAUCCCUUUGUUUUCUUUGCAAUACAAUUUCUAUCUUCAGGAUUUUAGCGAUCCUCGUGAUGCCGAUGAUGCAAGACAUUAUUUAGAUGGAUGUGAAAUGGAUGGACACCGUAUCAUCGUUGAAUUUGCAAAGGGAGUACCUCGGGGUUCAGGCGGGUCCCGAGAUUAUCUUGGACGUGGUCCCCCUCCUGGUUCCGGCCGCUGCUUCAACUGUGGUCUUGAAGGUCAUUGGGCCCGUGAUUGUAAAGCCGGUGACUGGAAGAAUAAGUGCUAUAGGUGCGGAGAAAGAGGUCACAUUGAAAAGAAAUGUCCAAAUAGUCCUCAAAAGCUCAAGCGUGGAAGGAGUUACUCAAGAACACCGGAUAGAUCUCGGUCUCCUCGCUAUGGUCGGAGGCAUAGCCGAAGUUAUAGCCCAAGACGCAGCUAUAGCCGGUCAAGGUCAAGAUCACCUGUGGCGAGGAGGGAAGUUGAGUAUGAGCGGAGGUCGCCCCCCAGCCGAAGCCCGGCAAGGAGCAGAAGCCCAGCAAGGAGCAGAACCCGGAGCCCAUCUGAGACCAGAAGUCCUCGACCUUCGUCCAAAACACAGAAACGCAACUCGUCCCCUCCUCCGGCUGAGACCAGCCCCCCUGGCCGCGGCAGCAGCAGGGGAGAGAGUCCUUCUCCUCCCUCAAAGAGGGCAAGAGCCAGUCCAGACGAUGGUGGGUACUCUAGGAGCCCUCCAGAUGGGAGAAGAAGUCUGAGCCCUCUCAGCCCAGCGAGAGGCGGCGGCGGCGGCGGCUCAGCUCCUAGGAAGUAUGAUGAGAGCCCUCCGGAUGCCAAUGGCCGCAGCCGCAGCCGCAGUCUCAGCCGGAGCCCGAAGUAUGAAAGGAGAUACGCCGAGGAGGACGAUUAACGAAGAUUAUCGCGAGGUUGAGAUGUUUUAUUUGUUUAAUCAUCAUCGUAAAUUCAAGGGAUAAUGACACUUUUUUUUUUUUGGUCUGGGAAUGGUUUGUGGUACUCACAACCUUUCUAUGGAUGUGUUAUUGUGGACGUGUUUUUUUCUUCAAGUUUUAGACAUUCUAAACUCAUUUUUUUCUUAGUUGAUACUAAAGACUAAAGAGUGCUUGUUUUA